ACGUCAAACGCCCCUUGCCGCCCCGCUCUCUGGUCUCGAGUCCCCGUGCGUGGGGGCCAGGCUACCCACUGCUGGCCUCGGGAUAGGAGCCGGAGAGAGAGAGAGAACAAGGGUGGGAGAGGAAACGAAUGGUACCCUACGGGCAUGAGUAGGCCUCCCCUCCUGAGGGCAAGCCAUGCGUGCUAAUGAAGGGGCCAAAGCCCAAGCUUUAAGCACUCCUGGUCCUUAUCCCUACGACGAAGACCUCUGGCCUACUCUCUCUCACUCUAUCCUCCUCCUCAGCCUCUCUGUAACCACCUCCUGUUCCUCUGGAUUCUGUCUUCUUCUUAGCCUAUAUAAUUAUUAGAACUCUACUAUUUCUGGCAUCCACUUUGCUCUGUCUACCUCUUUGUUUUUGAGGCAAAUGGAGGACAUGAAGAGGCGCCAGAUACCGGCGUUUGGGAACUGGGACUCCUGCGAUGAGCUCCCGAUUACUCAGUACUUCGAGACAGCGAGGCAGGCCGGUUUGAUCCGUGGCCAUUACUUUGCAGAGGAUGGUGAUCUCUUCAAGGUGCCCGUGCCUGUGAAGCCACCUCACCAUCACCACCACCACCACAAAAAGGUGAGGAAAGGGGCAGGAGAGAAGCAGCAGAAUGGGAAUGAGCAGCAGAGGAAGCAGGGGAGGGUGUGUGAUGUGGGAGCUCAGAGCCCAAGAAAGUCAAGAGCUCCCAAGGCUGUGGAUGAGGACUUGUACAAGAUCCCCCCGGAGCUCCUCUACCAAAAGCCUAAGAGGAAGAGGAUGCUGAGGAGUUUGUGGUCAGGGUGCCUGGGACUUGACUGCAUUGCCUGAGAAUGGAGUGAGAGAGAGUGAAACAGAAGUGUUGCAUCACAGUGCGUGCUGUCUGUACUUCUUUUUCUUCUUUUUUUCACCUUUUCUUCCUUUGAUUAAUGCGCGAUGUGAUGCAUCGUAAGACUGUCUUCUCAACUGGGAAUGGAGGAAGCUGUCUGACUCUAUAGCAGCCCUUUGUGUAGUAGUGCUACUAAACUGUAUUAUUUAAGGGUGUCUGGUGAUAUAGAUAAUCGAGAAAUAAUGUAACGAAGACUGUUCGGUAGGGUAAUUUCCUGAUAACUUCUGCUAUAUUUCAAUCUACUGACGUCUUCCAUGCGCUCGAGUUUGGCUUUUUUUGGCUACGAAAGGCUGAAGUGGUGCCUUCAAGAUGGAGACAAGUCCUUAUGGGAAGUUUGUCUUCUCUGUCGCAAAAGAAGUUGUCAAAGGUAAAGAAAUCUUGGAGAUUUGCCUCGUAAUCUUUGUUUAGCUUUGAAAUCAAUAUGUAUGCAAGAGCUUUCCUCGUUUUGUGAA